CACGAGAGAUCGAGAGUGUGCGAAUGCUGGACGGACGAGUGGUUUGGAAUGAACUUUGGAAUGAAUGCUGGGUGAUCCAAUACUAACUCAUGCAAGCACAUCAAGUUAAGGGUAAUCCUUACUUCUGCAUAUCGACAGCUAGAACAUGAUAUAAACUACGGCCCUAGAUAUCUGCAUGAUGACCAGUCACCAAGAACUAGAGUGCCCACGGACGUUGCGUCUCAUCACCUACCUCUUUCCCAGCAUCCCCCUGGAGUACUUUGAGACACUGAAGGAAUACUUGGAAGAGAAGUUGAAUUGCUACGUCUACCUCAUGUGCGAGAGCCGGUGGUCUGGUCCCCCGGAUGACCGCAUUGACCCAUUCACAACAGGGGACGCUGAUAUAGGAUUUUUAUGCGCACCGACAUUUGAACGUAUGUUCUGCAAACCGAGCAGCAAGGCCGCACUGCUCGGUGUUGCCCCUGCAUAUAUCAACUCGCACAGCAGUGACCUCCCGGUGUAUUAUACAAACGUCGUAGUCAACAAAGACAACUGUGAUAGAUAUAAAGUGUUCGAGGACCUACGUGGAUCAGUUUGGGCCUACAACGACGCCCACUCACUGAGCGGAUUCGGGAUUACCCAUCGAGAACUCAAAAAGAUAGGAGAGACCAAGGCCAGUUUCUUCGGUAAAAUUAUCCAGUCAGGUUCCCAUCUGAAGUCCAUCCAGAUGAUCCUUAAUAAGACAGCAGACGGUACAGGCAUCGACUCCAACACCCUAGCCUUACAGAUGAAGGCCCAUCCUGAGCUGAGGGACAAGCUUCAUGUCGUCACCUCAUGGGGGCCUAUGCCUGUUUACCCUGGGGUGGUCAACUCAGAAUUACCUGAGGAUCUCAAGACAUCUAUCACCAGGCAUCUUCUCAACAUGCAUCUCGACCCCAAAUGGCAAGCUCAACUGAACCAAUACAUGGUGUCCAAAUUUGUGCCGGUUACACUGGAUCAGUACCAAGGUUUGUUAAAAUAAACAAACAAAUUUUCCGAUAAACCGAGAGGAAAACUGACUAUGGGCAUUAUAAAAUAUAUUGCAUUAUUAUAAUAUGGAAAUUGUAACAAAAUAAGGAUACAGUGCUAUAUUUCAAAAAAAAAUAUAAUGACUCAUUAUUAAAGUCAGUACUCAUAAAUUGGAACUUGUCAUGAUACAAUUUUGUGCUCUUAAUUAAUAAUGAAAUAUACAUAUUUUAUUAUGUAAACUUGUUUUUUUAUUUUUUUUUAUUUUACUGAAAUCAAAGAGACUAUUUGUCCAAGUACAAGCUAUUGUCAUAUCGUGCUGUGUUCAAUGAGUUCGUUAGCAGGGCUCAAAUUUUGUGUGAAAAUUUCAUGAACAACAGUACCUGAACGUAUUAUUUACUGGACCAAUGUACAUUCACAGUUAAAAUUGAAACACUGUUAACUCAAAGCCAUGUGAAUCAUUUGCAAUUACCUGGAGAAGCAUUGAUUUAAUGACAAAAACUCUGCUUACAGUCAAGAUAGGACUGGUACCACUGAAAUACCCUGUGAAAAUAUUCCGGCUGAAAUUGUAUCGUGUGGAUGAAAACUGAGGUGGUUUCGAAAGAGGGUGUCCACGGCACAUUUUCACAUUAUGCAUUAGCAAUGGAAUCCAGUUACAAGACGCCCUAAAAAAGUGAAUAUGUUUUCCCGGUUUUCUUUAAAUGUAUCCAAUCAACCUUCAACAGGUUAGUUGUCAUGCAUCCUGCUUAAGAUUUGUAGCAAUUUUGUUGCUUCAAACGAAAGUAAAGGCACAAGAAGCAAAUAAUCAUAUGUACCUUUUAAGAAAGUUGCAGUCAAGGAUUAUACAACAAGUGUAUUUCAUUGCUUCUGAUCGUAACAUGAGAAACAUGAAAUAGAAACAUUUUAAUUGGUCAAAUGAGUCUUAUGAAGCAUAUGUAGGAUUAAUCAUGAUCACGAUAAUCUGAGACCAGAUUUGGACAGCACAUGCAAUCAUGAAAGGCAUGAUGUAUUCAUCCGAGUGCAAUGUGUAAUUAUAAAACAUCAAGAUGAAUUUUUAUUCCCUUUGUUUUAAGUUACCAAAACUUCCAAAAAAUUGGUAUACAAUUUAGAAGUGUAUUUGUCAUUUCGUAUAACCUUCGAGAGUGAAAUACAUUUGAACUUCAAAACAAUGUGUGUUACAGUGAAGUGCAAAUUUGCCUUGUUAAGAUUAUUUGUGCAAAUGAGAUAAGGUUUUCUGUCAUGGAUGUUGGUAUGAACGUAGAUGAUGUGGAUAUGAUUCACCUACUUUAAUGUAGUUGUGUUUGUCAUUUAUAAUACAUGUACACCAUAUAGUUAUUAAACUUAUCAGAAUUUAUGUGCUGUAAAUUUUGGACUUUUGUGACUUUGUUUUAAAAUUAACAGUCACUUCUUUCAUAUUUCAAAAAACUAUAUUUCCAAUGGCAAAUUAUCAAAGUGGAUGCGGUGUUUAAAGUGAAUCAGACUUUCUAUUCUAUAAAUGUUCUAGUUUUCUGGAAACGUGAUGUUAGAAAUGAACUCUUUUGAACUUUUAAUAAAAUUGUAUUUUCAAUGGUAAAUUUUAUAUUAAAUACAUGUACAUGUAGACCUGA